AACGUGCAAAACGGUAGAGCAGUAAGUUUCUUCUCAGGGACAGUAAGUUUUAGAAACUUUGUGUAGCAUUUACAAAUUUCAAAGUGAGAUACUAAUAAAUAAGCCACGAUGGAGGGCGAAAGACUUGGAAUUACCAGAGCCUCGAUGUUGCAAAAUCAUCUCUUGAUUCAGGCACCCCUUGGAAAGGCUAGAAGAAGAGGCCUUCCUCUUCCUGAGCCUGGCUUUAUUUAUGGAAGGAACAACUAUGUUCAAGAGGGAGGGGUUGCCAGUGCAAUUUCUCACUGGGAUAUCAAUGAACCUGUUAAGCAUAUCUCCCAAAUGGACAGGGAUUUUGUAGCUUUGAACCGUGCAGCUGUCAAAGCAGGACUUGUUACAGCACCAGAACAUUAUUAUUUUCGGGCUACACAUGACAUCCGAUGCAAAGACAUGAAGUCAGAAAGUGGCAGAUCUCACAUAACACGCCUGCCUCCAGAUAUGACCUUUGGAAUUUCAACAAGGCCUUCAACCCCCAUAAGUGACCUUCUGGCAAACACCUAUCAGGACCGUUGGCUCCAAGAUCAGAGGUCAGCAGAAAAAGUGCACCAAGCCAAGGAUCAAAAGAAGGUGCAACUCGGUAAAGUUUUUGAAACUCGAGCUUCAUUGCUUCGAAAGUAUCAGCCACCCAUAGACCCAGCUCCACUGUGGCAGCUACCACGCUUUCAGAAGAUUGGUCCUCAUUUGGAAACCUUUCGAGACCCAGAACUGCGCAGAAGAUCAUAUCGUGCCCAAAACUCUGAAGCUGCAACCAGAAGUGGUCAUCUUGGUCAAGGAAUUUACAAUACAUGUUGAACUAGAAAGAGAAAAUGAAAUAGAAAAACGUGUAUUAGUUUCUCGGCAAAAUACAGAUGUAUUAAAAACAGUUAUGUCUUACGAAAUUUAGAUCUGCAUACAUUUUCUUAAACUAUGUCAUAUUUUAAACAAUAUGCAAUAAAGUCUAUUUUGCAAAUGGUGA